CACAACACCGUCAAUUAUCUCCAAGCUCUCUUAUAGAAGAGUACUUCUUCCCUUUUCACCUCCUUUGAACUAUCGAAUGUGUUUCAUCUAGUGGUGCGCCGCAUGUUGUGGGGACAUAUUUAGUCGGCCCAAUCCCCCGACGUUUGGCCGAAAAUUACUCGCAGAAAGGGAAAUACCCACUGGCCUGCAAAAGGACUGUUCUUUUCUUUUUUCAAAAGAUAAGAUCAAUCAUCGCCGGGAUGGCAUCACGACGGUCGAGGUCUCCAUCGACCCCAUCUGAGGGUGAGAUCAUCGAGUCAGGCUCAGAUACGAAGAAUCGAUAUCUCUGCCCCAAGAUCCCCCCCUUCUCUUUCCAGACCGUUCUAUCGUGAGAGAUCGAGAUCGAGAACAAGAUCCCGUUCCCCAUAUCGUGGAUUCAAAGCCGACAAACGAAGACGCGAUGUCGAUUACGACUAUGAAAGGGGCGGCCGAACGAACCCGUCAAGCCGUUUGACUUCUAGAUACGAUGAUAGAUCUCAAAGCGGAUACAAUUCAAGACGGCGUAGGAGAGGGUAUUACGAUCAUGAUCGAGACGACGGUAAUUACGAUUCUAGGAAACGACCUAGGACCCAAAGCAGGUCUCCGUUCCGCGAUGUUAGAGGUUCGAAACAAUAUUCAGGUGAUGAGCGAGAUGACAGUGACAGACCAUCCAAAACCCGUGACCUGAGUGGUAAACCCUGCGUGGGUGGUAGGAGGACGUCUACUGAACAGUUAGUGAGCGACAGGGGGAAGAACCCAGGUGACGCUCGAAAAGAGAGACAACAGGCUGAAUCUCGAGAAAAUCAGAUGCAACAGUCUUCAUCCACCGUCGCCGCAUCGGAUAAUACUCCUGCUUCACGCAAUGGUGACGAUGACUAUGUCAACGGGCUGCCCCCAGAGCCGGUUGAUGAAGCCACCCUGAUUGAACAACGCCGAAAGCGCCGUGAAGCCAUCAAAGCUAAGUAUCGUGAUCAGUCUACACCUCUCCUCGUAAAGGUCCUGCAAGCUGGGAAUGAGACAGAAUCCACAGUACAGAAUCCAGGUCAAUCUAUGGCUCAGAAUGAAACACCGGCAGAUUCGCAUCUAAAUACCCCUUUAGAAACACCCGAGGAUACGUCAGGCGCGCCAUCGCCAACUGAGCUAAGGGUCUCGCGAGAUGAGGACCUUGCUAAUGCCAACGUUUUGACUACCAACGGCGUCGACAAGGACGAAUCGUCUUCUGCGGACUAUGAUCCAACUCAAGAUAUGAGGGAGGAUAAGAUGCGUCACGACAAAAGACAUUUUGGUGAAGAGGUAUCUUCUGGUACUUACGAUGAAACUAAAACAGCAAAGCAAGAUGUGCUCGUUCCCAACCCAACCACGGAGAACCCGGCCCAAAUUAAAGCGACGAACCCUCUAGAGAUAGACAUGUUUGCCCCAGAAGAUGAUAUGUUUGCUGAGGAGGCUCCCAUUACCUCCAAAGCCCCUGAAGCUAUUUCUAAGCCAAGUAUACCGCAGAAACUCGAUAUGAGCAUGAUGGACAACUGGGAUGACCCUGAAGGCUACUACAACGUCAUGUUGGGGGAACUGGUGGAUGGGCGGUAUCAUGUUCAGCAAAAUUUAGGCAAGGGUAUGUUUUCUUCUGUGGUUCGUGCUACGGAUUCGAAAACAGGAAGGCUUGUUGCCAUUAAAAUCAUUCGCAAUAAUGAUACUAUGAGAAAGGCCGGUAUGAAGGAGAUUGAGUUAUUGGAACAGUUACUAGCGGCAGAUCCAGAUGACAAGAAACAUAUCAUCCGAUUCGAGAGGUAUUUCGAACACAAAUGCCACCUGUGCAUAGUGUUCGAAAAUCUCAGUAUGAAUCUCCGCGAAGUACUAAAAAAGUUUGGUCGUGAUGUUGGCAUUAAUCUCAGAGCCAUCCGUGCUUAUGCCCACCAGAUGUUCCUAGGCCUGAGCCUCCUCCGAAAAUGCAAUAUCCUCCACGCAGAUCUAAAACCCGACAAUCUCCUCGUUAAUGAAAACCGAAACCUUCUGAAGGUAUGCGAUUUGGGUUCGGCGUCGCCGGCCUCUGAGAACGAAAUUACCCCAUACCUUGUCAGCCGUUUUUAUCGUGCUCCCGAAAUCAUCCUCGGAAUUCCAUAUGAUUAUGCCAUUGACAUGUGGUCCAUUGGAUGUACGCUCUUUGAGCUGUAUACUGGCAAAAUUCUCUUCACAGGUCGCACUAACAAUCAAAUGCUCCGCUCUAUAAUGGAAUGCAGGGGUAAAUUCCCGCCCAAAUUCCUCCGGCGAGGCACCCUUACUUAUCUCCAUUUUGACGACUUUUUAAACUUUCGCAGCACGGAAGAGGAUAAGGUCACGGGCCGCAUGGUGACAAAAAUCGUGGAUUUUAAGAAACCGACGAGGGAUUUGAAAACGAGGUUGAUGGGGAAGGGGUCGAAAGGGAUGAGUGAUUCGGAAACAAAGGAGCUCACGUUAUUCAUUGAUCUGUUGGAUCGGUGCUUAAGUAUCAAUCCAGAGAAGAGGUGUACGCCAUCAGAAGCAUUGAAGCAUCCGUUCAUCACUAGGGGUAAAAUUUGAAAUGGUCGGGCUAGGGGAAAAUACUAGCAGGUCAAUAGAUGCAAUCUAGACAUAGCAUGGUGUUGUAGGGCGGGCUUGUUGCCGGAUUUCACUUUCUCCAAAAUCGGUGGGUGACGGUGAUGCUUUUGCCUCGUGAUUUUUUUCCCCCGUAUCAUACUAUAUCGUUGUUUAAAUUAUUAUCAUCGUCAUCAUUAUUAUUAUUUUAAAUAUAGCUACUCAGCAGCACUUAGCAUUCGUAGAUAGAUAACAGAGUUCCAAAAUGUAUAAACAAAUCAAUUCGGAGGCUUUGUC